AUGUUCCGUCGUCUGGCCGUCUCAUCGCUGCGGGGCGGUGCCCCGCGUCGCACCUUCUGCAGCACUGCGCGACUUCUUAAUCUUGAUUAUCAGGCCUACAAGACUGCUACAGUGCGUGAGGCGGCACCUGAGUGGGCAGGAAAAGCUGUGAUAAAUGGCAAGAUAAAGGACAUCAGCAUCAAUGAUUACAAAGGCAAAUACAUUGUUCUUCUCUUCUAUCCUAUGGAUUUCACAUUUGUGUGUCCGACGGAAAUAAUUGCCUUCUCAGAUUCCCAUGCAGAGUUUGAGAAGAUCAAUACACAAGUUGUGGCGGUGUCGUGUGACAGCCAAUUUUCGCACCUUGCUUGGAUCAAUACACCUCGGAAAAAAGGUGGCAUUGGCGAAAUGAGCAUUCCUGUGCUUUCUGACCUUACAAAGGAAAUUGCUCGUGACUACGGGGUCUUGAUUGAAGAGCAGGGAGUUGCAUUGCGGGGCCUAUUUAUCAUCGAUGACAAGGGGAUUCUUCGUCACAUCACGGUAAAUGAUUUGCCAGUGGGUCGAAGUGUGGAUGAGGUGCUUCGUGUUGUUCAGGCGUUUCAGUACGCCGACAAAAAUGGGGAUGUGAUUCCGUGCAACUGGAAGCCAGGCAAACCCACAAUGAAGCCUGAAAAAGCAGACGAGUUCUUUGAGAAGAACAUGUAA